AUGGAAAGUCUCCAUUGUCCUGGAAAAUCAGAGCAACAACAACCACAACAACAACAACAACAACAACAACAAGUGCAACGACUACAACAACAACAACUAGUACUACUUCUACCACCACAACAACAACAACAACGACUACUACAAGUACUACCUCAACGACAACAACAACAAGUACUACCUCAACAACAACAACAACAACCACUACUACCACCUCAACGACAACAACAACUACUACAACAACGACUACUACUACAACUACUACUUCAACAACAACAACAACAACUUCAACAACAACAACAACAACAACUAGCACGACUACAACAACCACGACUACAACCACGACUACGACAACGACCACUACUACAACAACAGCAACAACAACAACUACCACGACUACAACAACAACAACAACAACAACAACAACUACCACGACUACUACUACAACCACGACUACAACAACCACUACGUCGACAACAACAACAACAACAACUACUACUACUACUACUUCCACCUCAACAACUUCGACAACAACAACUAGUACUACUAGUACUACUUCUACAUCGACAACUACAACAACAAAAACUACCAGUACCUCCACUAGUACUACUAGUACUACAUCAACCACAUCCACAACAACAACAACAACUUCAACAACAACGACAACAACUCCAUCACCUAAAUUUUGUUCAUUUGUGA